ACUAGCGGCUUGGCUGCUCUGGAGUCUUUCUCCCUCUUUCUCUCUCCCAGCUGCAAAAUCCUGUGGUCUUCAAAAAAAUCAAGCGUGUAGCUUUUCCUCUUCCCGAGGAUAAUCAGCUAAUUUAACUCUGAACUACACGCUGGCUCCUGCCCCCUCUCUGUGGCUGAAGUAACCGUGGAGUUUACUUGCUGCUUCCAAAGUUUCACACUCAGGGAAGAAAUAUGGGAUGUAUAAAAUCAAAAAGAAAAGAGACUCUGCCUGGAGAUGGGCUAGAUUUGAAGAACCAACCAGUACGUAAAACUGAACGAACUAUUUAUGUGAGGGAUCCAACGUCCUAUAAACAGCAAAGGCCAGGAAAUACAGAAAUGCACCUUUUACCAGGGCAGAGAUUCUGUAAAGAAGACGCGGAGGAGCAUGGGGACAUUGUAGUAGCCUUGUAUCCUUAUGAGGGAAUUCAUGAAGAUGACUUGUCCUUCAAGAAAGGAGAAAAAAUGAAAGUUCUUGAGGAGCUUGGAGAAUGGUGGAGAGCUAAAUCUCUCUCAACAAAGAAAGAAGGCUUCAUUCCAAGCAACUAUGUAGCAAAAGUAAACACCUUGGAAACAGAAGAAUGGUUCUUCAAAGAUAUAACCAGGAAAGAUGCAGAGAGACAGCUUCUAGCACCGGGAAACAAUCCUGGGGCAUUCCUUAUCAGAGAAAGUGAAACAUUAAAAGGCAGUUAUUCUCUGUCCAUCAGGGACUAUGAUCCACAGCAUGGUGAUGUUAUUAAGCACUACAAAAUAAGGAGUCUAGACAAUGGAGGAUAUUACAUCUCUCCAAGGAUUACAUUUUCCACCAUCAACGACAUGAUCAAACAUUACCAAAAACAGCCAGAUGGUUUAUGCAGAAAGCUGGAAAAAGCAUGUGUUUGUCCAAAACCCCAAAAACCUUGGGAUAAAGAUGCCUGGGAGAUUGCACGGGAAUCAAUUAAAUUAGUGAAGAAACUUGGAGCUGGUCAGUUUGGAGAAGUUUGGAUGGGUUACUAUAAUAAUAGUACAAAAGUGGCUGUGAAGACCCUGAAGCCUGGAACGAUGUCUGUGCAAGCAUUCAUGGAGGAAGCCAACCUCAUGAAAACACUUCAGCAUGACAAGUUAGUGAGGCUGUAUGCUGUAGUCAGCAAAGAGGAACCUAUCUAUAUUAUAACAGAAUUCAUGGCAAAAGGCAGUCUGCUGGAUUUUCUGAAGAGUGAUGAAGGAAGUAAAGUACUGCUUCCAAAGCUAAUUGACUUCUCAGCUCAGAUUGCAGAGGGAAUGGCAUACAUAGAAAGGAAAAACUACAUUCAUCGAGAUCUGAGAGCAGCUAACGUUCUGGUUUCGGAUUCACUGAUGUGCAAAAUUGCUGAUUUUGGACUAGCCAGAGUAAUUGAAGAUAAUGAAUAUACAGCACGGGAAGGUGCAAAAUUCCCUAUUAAAUGGACAGCACCAGAAGCAAUUAACUUUGGUUCCUUUACUAUUAAGUCUGAUGUGUGGUCCUUUGGAAUUCUUCUGUAUGAAAUUGUUACCUUUGGAAAAAUCCCUUAUCCAGGUAUGAGUAAUGCUGAUGUGAUGGUUGCUCUUCAGCGUGGGUACCGCAUGCCACGCAUGGAAACCUGCCCAGCUGAGCUUUAUGAUAUCAUGAAAACAUGCUGGAAAGAUAAAGCAGAAGAGAGGCCAACAUUUGAUUAUUUACAGAGUGUGCUAGAUGAUUUCUACACAGCAACAGAAGGGCAGUAUCAACAGCAGCCAUAG